UCACUGUGUUCAUAACAGAUUGUAGUUUUGGGAACAGACAAAUGUAUUGAGAUAGAUGUUUAAUCGAUGAGACAAUUCGCAGGAUGUUGGCCCAGUUUCGUCCUCUACCACUACCCUCGACUUUCUAAACGGAUGCUUCAGCUUUAUAUGUGUUACCCCUUCUGUCUGUGACGCCGACUCUGUCUCUCAUGACAUUCUUCCAUCUCUAACCACAGAUCUAGGAUCAGAACACCCGUCCCGCAAACUCCGAGGUGGAUGGAAAAAUAUAACUAGGAAAACUGACCAUUGAUCAGUGUAUAGCGGGAGUAGCCACACAAUCUGUGAAGUAAUUUGUAAUUUAAUCACGACAUAACCUGGCCACAAACAGACAAGAUCAGCUAGGAGUAUGGUAUUUUACACGCGUUGUAUUUCAGAAACUGACCCAGGGACAGAAGAGAGUUGCAGUGAAUGGUGGAUCUUCUAGCUACCGGAAACUAAAAGCGUUUAUAGCAACCGGACUGCAGUUGUAGGUUGUCACUAGUAACCCAGCCACAAAGUAAAAAUGCAUGGAAACUAAAAUUCGCUUUUUGGUCUUCAUUUAAGGUUAGGGUUAUGUAUAAGGUUAGAAGUGUGGUUAAGGUUAGGGUUAGGUUUAAAAUCAGAUUUUAGGAAAAUCAAUUAUAGAAAAAGGCGGGGUUUAGCCAUAAUGACUUUGUGGCUGUGGUAGCUUGCAGUUUGUGGGAGAGCCAAGCAAACAGCUAGCAAGGCAACCAAAAUGUCUUGAUUUUAAAUCGUCGCUUUGUGAAAUAGAAUUAGACGACUUAUUACAUCUAUGAAAAGCUUUGAUAUUAAUUUCUUUUUUGUGUCAACGUCAUUAUAGUUUUCGCUAGUUAUUGUUGAAUGAUUUAUGACAUUGGCAAACGUUAAAGUGCUAAGUGCUAGUAGCAAGCCCAGCUAGGUGCUAUUUGUAGCUACGCGGAGGAGACGCGCUACCUAACGUUAGCUGAACGUGGAGGCCGGACAAUACAUCGUUCUUUAGUUUAGCGAGUUAGCGAGCUAGCUAGCUAAAUUAGCGUUUCAAAUUAUUACAACGAUUUACAUUGUUACUACGGUACAGUUUUCAUUAUAACUUGUUAUAUUUAUUUUGGGCCAGGGGAAAAAAACAGCCGUUAUUUCUCUUUCAUUGCGCAGCAAUUCUAUUUUGUAGUCCUGUUGCAGCAACUGAGGUAUAAUAAGAACGGUUGCAGCUGCAAGAGUCGCACAGUCAUGUAACUGUAAUGCCGAACCACCUGUAACUGGACACGGACAUUUAUAAGAUACCUUUUUCCCAGAAGUUGAGAACAAAGACCUUAUCGCCAAGAGCAGGAGGUGUCUAACUGAUCCAGUGCCAGCCCCCCUGAAGCAACACCAGACUGCCUGGAAGUGUUAGGAAAGCCCAGCAACAUACAGCCAUGUUAGAGGAGGACAUGGAAGUGGCCAUCAAGGUGGUGGUAGUGGGCAAUGGUGCGGUGGGGAAGUCCAGCAUGAUCCAGCGCUACUGCAAGGGCAUCUUCACCAAGGACUACAAGAAGACCAUUGGUGUGGACUUCCUGGAGAGGCAGAUACUAGUGAAUGAUGAAGACGUGAGAUUGAUGUUGUGGGACACCGCAGGGCAGGAAGAGUUUGACGCCAUCACCAAGGCCUACUACCGCGGUGCCCAGGCGUGUGUACUGGUCUUCUCCACCACCGACAGGGAGUCGUUUGAGGCGAUCAGCAGCUGGUGGGAGAAGGUGGAGAUAGAGGUGGGAGACAUCCCCACUGUCCUGGUGCAGAACAAGAUAGACCUUCUGGAUGACACGAUGAUCAAAAACGAGGAGGCAGAAGGUCUGGCCAAGAAGCUCAAGUUGAGGUUUUACCGAACCUCCGUAAAGGAGGACCUCAAUGUCAAUGAGGUUUUCAAAUACCUAGCAGAUAAGUAUCUGCAGCGACUCAAGCGGCAAACAGCAGAGGAACCUGAGGCAGUGCAUACAGCAGGCAAUAAAAUUGGCGUUUUCAACACCACAAGUAGUAACCUAUCUAGUCAGAACUCCAGCAAUGGCUGCGAAGUCAUCAGCUUGCGGCCUAACAAACAGAGGACCAAGAAGAGCAAAAACCUCUUCGGUAGCUGCAGUCUUCUUUAGAAUCAAUCCAUUCCCUGCAAUACUGUAAGUUUUGACUGCCAUAUGUGAGGGAAAGAGUCUCAAUUGAUGAAUGGUUGUGUAUUAUAGGGGUACAUUCUUUCACAGACCAAAGUCUGCAUAGGAUAUGGUAUGUUAUAUCAAGUUUGAGCUCAACCUAGAUCUAAUCUGCACCUGCACAUUUUGCCUAUCAUGACUUUGAGCAUCUUUACAGAUCCAGUCCAGCCUUUGAUUCUCAUAGAUAGAUAUGAGAUAUAAAGCACCAGAAUGGCGACAGUAACAAUAGUCCUCCUGGUGGCUGCAAUGGAUACGAAAACCUAACACAGACGCUAUGUUGUAGCAUGAAUGGAAUGCUUGAAGCAUAUCUUUUGGGAAAUUGUAGUUGGGCAUUGCAGGGUUUUCCCAUUUACACCCUUCAACAUGUUGUAGGGAAGGGUUCCAUUCUAGUUCACUAACAAGACAUAUUUGUAUGUUCAUAUGUGACUUUUGCAGCUUACCAUUUGUGCAUUUGACUGUUCAUCUGUGCAAUAUGUUUGUAUUGUAAGAGAUAUACAGAUUAUUUGGUACCAUCUUUUUCUAAAAUAUUAAUGGAAUAUGGUUGAAUAUAUGCUGUAUAUCAUGGAUAAAGACUUGGACAUAAUUGUUUAUUGUUUUCUGAAAGGUAUUUUUAUAUGAAUUUUAAGUGUUUAACCAAUGUUGGCAGACAAUGCGUUGCCUAAAACCUAACAUAGUGCCAAAUAGUUUCUAAACAUUUUAUUGUUGUAAGAAAUGUACAUAUUUUAAAGUGGAAGGUAGGCGUGAUUGGUAGUUGUAUGAGAAUAUUGAAUUACAACAAAGACUAAUAGAAUGUGCUCUUAUAUUACCAAAACAAUUUGAAAUUCACACAAUAGGCCCUCUACUUCAGUCACAAAAUUAUCAAAUGUACUAAUCUUAUAGAAUGGAUGAGCCAGUGAAGAGGGUUUUGUUACACAGAACAUACCAAUCAAUAUAUCCCUCUUUAUCUGGUUAGCACACACAGGUGUUUCAUGUGAUACUAGAAAUCACAAUUGUUUACAUGUUACAUAUUGCUGCAUUUAAAUCAUAUCUGUGCUAUAUUUGUUUCUACUGUGGUACAAUUGUAACAUCUUUAAUGUGCUCAUAUUUGUGAGUCUAAGAUGUAUAUUUGUUACAUUUAUACUGAACAAAAAUAUAAAUGCAACAUGCAAUAAUUUCAAUGAUUCUGAGUUACAGUUCAUAUAAGAAA